AACUAUCAACAUAAUUUCAUUGACAUUUUUCUAAAACCAUUUGUCCAUGCCAAUGCUAAAACGUGUAAACCAAUCAAACACCAAUGAGCCUAGAAUAGAAUGUAAGAGAGGAUAAAGAUUUGGAGGAGACAGAGGGAAGAUGAGUAGUUGUUAUAGAAGGAAGACAAAAACAACACAAAACAAUAUGCGUUCAAUGCUCACCUUAGAGCAAAAACUCGCCCUCUGGAUAUGGGCUUAGUGAAAAAGGCCCAACGAAACUAUAUUUUUGAUCAACAGACCCAAACAUACGAUAGCUUCUUGUUAAUAAUUCUCAUCUUUCGUCCUCUAAACGCCAUCGUUUCGAAAUAGUCCCCAACGAUUAGUGUCAUGUCUCCGUCAACGGAAACGACUCUCCUCGGCCCCAUCUUAGCGCUUGACGCCGCCGUCUCCACCGCGAUCCACACGGCGGCGAAGCCAUUCCUCCCUCCAUUUCUCCUCAUUCUCCUAGAAAUCUCCGCCGAUUUCAGAUUCUCCUUCCCCGUCUCCCUCUCCCUCCUCCUCUCCCCUCCACUACGCCCUUUCCUCAUCCCUUUCCUCCUCGGCCUCCUCCUCGAUCUGAUCUUCGUCGGAAUCGUCAAGCUCACCUUCCGCCGCCCCCGUCCCGCUUACAAUCAUCCCUCGAUGUCCGCAGCAGUAUCGGCCGAUCACUACUCGUUUCCCUCGGGCCACGCGUCUCGCGUCUUCUUCGUCGCGGCGUCGGUUCAUUUCUUUACCUCUGUGGCGACAGAAGUGAAGAGGAACUCUUUCUUGGACGGGUGGGUGAGGGAUGUUGGUGGAGAGGGGGGUGUGAAAGGAGAGGUUUUGGUUGGUGUGUGGAUCUGGGCGACGGUUACUGCUGUGUCGAGGAUUCUGUUAGGGAGGCAUUACGUGCUCGAUGUAGCGGCUGGUGCUUGCUUGGGGGUUAUGGAAGCUCUCUUUGCUCUUCGGUUUCUGAGAUUCGAAGAACGGUUCUUUGCGUGGUAAGAAGAGUGUUAUUGUUGUUGAAUCAUGUUCUUGAUGUAAUGGUUGGGGAUUUUUUUACUGAUGGCAAAACAAUGGUUACUUUUAUGUUUUAUGAAUUGAAAGUUUGUGUCUUUUUGGUUAAUAUGAAAUCUUGUGUUUAUAUGAUC